AUGAGCCUCAGCGAUGAAGUCGACCAGAUCCAGAGGGAUCUCUCCGAUCUUAAAACCCGCCUUGACCUGUUCGAGAGCAAAUCCAAGACCGUCAUCAAGGCGGACCAUGACAAAAUGCUUGCCGAGCUGCGGAAGAGCGUGGCCUCAGUCGAGGGCAGCAUCUCAUAUCUCGAAACCGGCCAAAGCCCCCUCGCAGGCUACCUUGAAUACCUAGCCUCUUCCAGCAGCACCGCUACGUCUAGAGCCCUCGUCAAGAGGCACGUUGCAGACAUGAACUCGAACUUUUCCAAUCUUCGAGAGGCUGCCGGCUCGGCUUUGACACGCGUGGAACAGACCAAGAAGACGUGCGACGACAUGUACAACGAGCUCGGGGCCAUCCGCCUGAAACUCGAAUCCGUCACCACGAGAACCAAGUCGGCACUUUCAUUCGCGAAGGAAACACUAACCGAGAAGAAGAAGAAGGUAGCAGAAGCCAACGCCUCGCUUCAGUCGACGCAACAGCAGCUGCGGGAGCUGGAGGCUAAAAUGAAGGAUGAGAAGGACGCCCGAGACGUGAUGAGAGUCGUUAGAGUCAUCAGUUGGAGCGCCACCGUGUUCUUCCCACCGGCAGCCCUCCUAGCAGGCACUGCAGAAGCUAUCGCCGCCUCCUGGCGUGAAGAUCGUGAAAAGUUACGCGGGGAGAUCACCUCGGCAAACACCCAGAUCGAGUCCCUCACAUCCGAGGUGUCCAAGGCACAAGCUCAGGCCGCAGCCUUGGAGAAGACGGUGAGGGAAGCUCGCAGUCUCAAGGACCGUGUAGAAAAUAUGUCUAUUAGGUCACAGCAGACGAGGACACUGGUGUGCGAGCGGUUGGAGGAGUACCAGGCUCUCAAGAGUAGCACAGACGAGUUUGGAGCCUGGACGAGCGAGCUGCAGGGCCAGACGGCAACGGCGCAAGUCAUGAGCGCAUCAUCCCAGGUGCGUUUGCGGCGGGUGACGAAGAAGAUUGUUGAUACGCUGCUGGAUAAGGAGCAGGGGGACGUGAAGGCUAUUUGUGCCUUGACCUAA